UUACAUGAGUAUAGAGAAAAGCUAUAUUAUGUAAAUUAUAUAUACCGUAUACAAGUUUGUUAUCUUUGUCUCUCUCCCAAAUCUGUGUUCUUCUACCGUGUUGUUGCCUCCUCUGGUACGUCGUACGUCCAACCAAGUUUAUCUUUUUUUCUCACUAAUUAUUUCUUUCAGUGUCGACCUUUUGUUGUAGUCUAUAGAUUCUUCAAUAUGUGUAGGCAUAAACGCAUUUUAACCAAACGCCAUUGGUUUAUGAUAUAUCUGUUUUAUUCAUCUCCGGAAUCGAAGUCGGAACUGCGUUAAGAAUGGGAAACAUGAUAUGCAUAAAGUCAAACGAGACAAGGCCUAAAAUCUACACAAACGAGCAACUGAGAGCGUACGAGGCUGCAUGUAAAGCAGACACAGAGGUUCAGUCUUUCGACACGCGUAUGCAGGCACAGACGAGUCACGUGAUAAACACGCUAGCUACGGGGGUUGAGGUUCGAGCGCUCUCGCUGGAUACCCUGAAAGUAGUGACGGGGAGCUUGUUGGACAUGAACCAAGACGUGGUGAAAGUGAUCUUGGAUUGCAAGGAAGACGUAUGGGAAAAUAAAGAAAUGUUUGACCUCGUUGGAGAGUACUUUAAUACUAGCUUGAAGAUGCAAGACUUCUGUAAUGCUUUGGAGAGAAGCCUCAAAGUGGUUCGCCUUAGUCACCUUUUGAUUCGUGGUGCCCUUCAGCAGUUUAAUGAAGAGAGCCUUGUUCAAGGCAACAACUUUUACAUCUCUUAGCUCUUUUUUUCGUGGUUUUUUUUUUUUUUUUUUUCAUUUUGUAACACUUGUUGUCUAUAUUUUGGUUGGCAGGUGGGAACGGAUACAAGAAGACACUUGAAGAGCUGACGAAAUUCCAAAACGCAG